AUGAAGACUGCCUACACCGCCUAUCGAUGCCUCACCAAAGAGCUGGAUGCCUGCGCCAUGAACCCGGAGAUGACAAUGGACAGUCUGGGCAGUUUGCAUGGGGCAGCCAGCCAUGAGCAGGAUCUGUUGGGCAGCCCCAGCCCGCACCACCCAAGCCGCAGCGCCGGAUCGCUGCGGGUCCAUCCUCCUCCUUCGCACCAGGACUUAGCUUCUGCCUCUUCCCGCUCGGCCAUGGUGUCCAGCAUGGCUUCCCUGCUAGACGGGGCAGGGGAUUACCGCCCGGAGCUGUCCAUCCCCCUCCAUCAUGCCAUGAGCAUGCCCUGUGACUCCUCGCCCCCUGGCAUGGGCAUGAGCAGCACCUACACCACUCUGACUCCACUCCAGCCCCUGCCGCCCAUCUCCACCGUCUCCGACAAGUUCCACCACCCGCACCACCACCCCCAUGCCCACCACCACCAUCACCACCACCACCACCAGCGCCUCUCCGGCAAUGUCAGCGGGAGCUUCACCCUGAUGAGGGACGAGAGGGGUCUGCCGGCCAUGAACAACCUCUACAGCCCCUACAAGGAGAUGUCCGGCAUGGGGCAGAGCCUGUCCCCCUUGGCUGGCACCCCCCUGGGCAACGGAUUGGGGUCCAUCCACAACACCCAGCAGAGCCUCCAUAACUAUGGACCCCCCAGCCACGACAAGAUGCUCAGCCCCAACUUUGAUGCCCACACUGCCAUGCUGGCCAGGGGUGAGCAGCACCUCUCCCGGGGGCUGGCUACCCCCCCUGCGGCCAUGAUGUCCCACUUAACCGGUAUGCACCAUCCUGGACACCCUGGCCAUGCUCAGCCUCACGGGCCCGUGUUGGCUUCCAGCCGGGAAAGGCCGCCCUCCUCCUCUGGAUCUCAAGUUAACAACUCUGGGCAGUUAGAAGAGAUCAACACCAAAGAAGUGGCCCAAAGGAUCACUGCAGAGCUGAAGCGCUAUAGCAUCCCCCAGGCGAUCUUUGCCCAGAGGGUGCUGUGCCGUUCUCAGGGGACCCUUUCAGACCUUCUAAGGAACCCUAAACCUUGGAGUAAGCUGAAAUCUGGCAGGGAGACGUUCAGGAGAAUGUGGAAAUGGCUGCAGGAACCCGAGUUCCAGAGAAUGUCAGCCUUAAGACUUGCAGCAUGCAAACGCAAAGAACAAGAACCGAAUAAAGACAGGAACAAUUCCCAGAAGAAAUCUCGUCUGGUUUUCACCGAUCUCCAGCGCAGAACACUUUUUGCCAUCUUCAAAGAGAACAAACGUCCAUCCAAAGAAAUGCAGAUCACCAUCUCCCAACAGCUGGGCUUGGAACUUACCACUGUCAGUAACUUCUUCAUGAACGCUAGGAGACGCAGCCUUGAGAAAUGGCAGGAUGAUUUGAGUACAGGGGGAUCCUCUUCAGCCUCCAGCACUUGUACCAAAGCAUGA